AUGGCCAGCGCGUUUAUCCAGCCACCACUGCACUUGGAAGCGGCCGACAGCGACGACGUAGACCCAGUGAAGUACGUUCUUGACAAGUUUGACGAGCUGUAUUGCCCGUACAAGAACGUCAUACAGGCAGCGACCCUGUUCAACUCUAUAGUGCAAAAGCCAGUAACAAACUCAGCCAACACACCGCCCCAAGAGCAGUACCAGCAAGUGCUGGAUGAAUUUCCUGAAAUCUUUGAAGACAUCGGUCAACUUCCAGGACUGUACAGCAUUCACCUGCGUGAAGGUGCCGUUCCAUCAGUUUGUGCUCCUCCCAAAAUACCAGGCGCACUCGAAGACAAGCUGAAAAUGAAGCUCAAACGAAUGGAGGAGAAUGGCGUGAUAGUGCCAGUGACUGAACAUAGUGAGUGGGUUCAUCCAAUUGUGGUAAUAACAAAGAAAGACGGGACUGUUCGUUUGUGCCUGGAUCUACGCAACCUAAAUGCAGCCCUCAAGAGGCACCUCUACCCCAUACCACAUCCUGAGGAGCUCUUUGCGAGCCUAAGUGGCUCAACAGUGUUCUCCAUUCUUGAUGCCAAGAGCGCAUUCUGGCAACUGGCCCUGGAUGAGGCAAGUUCAAGGCUUUGUACUUUCACAACACCCUGGGGCAGAUACCGCUUUGUCAGAGUACCCUUUGGGCUUGCCAUAGCUCCCGAGCUGUUCCAACAGGCCAUUGAUGAAGUGUUUCAAGGCCAAGUCAUAGUGAAGCCAUACUUCGACAACAUACUGGUCGCCUCAAGGACUUCCGUAGAACACAUGGCCCAUCUUCGAAUGGUGCUGACUAUUGCAAGAAAGAACAACUUGAAGUUCAACAAAGCAAAAUUAAAGUUGAGACUUUCAGCCAUCACAUAUCUGGAACAUCGGCUUUCCAACGAGGGGCUAGCUCCAGACCCCGAAAAAGUCAACUCCAUUGAAUCCAUGGCUAUGCCCACCGAUAAGUCACAGCUACAAAGGCUUUUAGGAAUGGUGACCUAUCUGACAAAGUUCAUCCGCAACUUUUCAGCUACGACCAUGGCAGCCCAUUGCGUGAGCUACUCAAGGCGGAUGUAG